AUGAAGGGCUUAUCUUCAUUAAUAAACAGAAAAAAUGGCAAAAACGACUCAAACUUAGAUGAGAUCGAGAAUGGCGUGAAUGCUGCCGAAUUCAACUCAAUAGAGAUGGAGGAGCAAGGUAAGAAAAGUGAUUUUGAUCUUUCCCAUCUUGAAUACGGUCCAGGUUCACUAACACCAAACGAUAAUAAAGAAGAAGCUCCAGAUCUUCUCGAUGAAGCUAUGCAGGAUGCCAAGGAGGCAGAUGAAAGUGAGAGAGGGAUGCCACUCAUGACAGCUUUGAAGACAUAUCCUAAAGCAGCUGCUUGGUCACUAUUGGUCUCCACUACCUUGAUUCAAGAAGGUUAUGAUACAGCCAUUCUAGGUUCUUUCUAUGCCCUACCUGUUUUCCAGAAGAAAUAUGGUUCCCUGAAUAGCAGUACAGGAGAAUACGAAAUCUCAGUUUCCUGGCAAAUUGGUUUAUGUUUAUGUUACAUGGCAGGUGAGAUUGUGGGUUUGCAAAUGACUGGGCCUUUUGUAGACCACAUGGGUAAUCGUUACACUUUGAUUAUGGCGUUGUUCUUUUUAGCGGCUUUUAUUUUCAUUCUGUAUUUUUGCAAGAGUUUAGGUAUGAUCGCUGCGGGACAGGCGUUGUGUGGUAUGCCAUGGGGUUGUUUCCAGUGUUUGACCGUUUCUUAUGCUUCUGAAAUCUGUCCUUUGGCCCUAAGAUACUAUUUGACAACUUAUUCUAAUCUUUGCUGGACUUUUGGUCAACUUUUCGCUGCUGGUAUUAUGAAAAACUCCCAAAAUAAGUAUCCAAACAAUGAUCUGGGAUACAGGCUACCUUUUGCUUUGCAGUGGAUCUGGCCUCUUCCUUUGGCAGUAGGUAUCUUUCUCGCCCCUGAAUCCCCAUGGUGGCUGAUCAAAAAAGGGAGAAUUGACGAGGCAAGGAGAUCGCUUGAAAGGACAUUGAGUGGUAAAGGACCCGAGAAAGAAUUGCUGGUAAGUAUGGAGCUGGAUAAAAUCAAAACCACUAUAGAAAAGGAGCAAAAAAUGUCUGAUGAAGGAACUUACUGGGACUGUGUGAAAGACGGUAUUAAUCGGAGAAGAACCAGAAUAGCUUGUUUAUGUUGGAUUGGUCAAACUUCUUGUGGUGCGUCAUUAAUCGGUUAUUCAACUUACUUUUACGAAAAAGCUGGUGUUAGCACUGAUACAGCCUUCACUUUUAGUAUUAUUCAAUAUUGUCUUGGUAUUGCUGCAACGUUUCUAUCCUGGUGGGGUUCAAAAUAUUUUGGUAGGUUUGACCUUUACACCGUUGGGUUGGCCUUUCAGGCCGUUAUGUUCUUCAUUAUCGGCGGUCUGGGAUGUUCAGAUACUCAUGGCGCUAAAAUGGGCAGUGGUGCUCUUCUAAUGGUUGUCGCGUUCUUUUACAACCUGGGUAUUGCUCCUGUGGUUUUUUGCUUAGUUUCUGAAAUACCGUCUUCAAGGCUAAGAACCAAAACAAUUAUUUUGGCCCGUAAUGCUUAUAAUGUGAUAAGUAUUGUAGUUACAGUCUUGAUCAUGUACCAAUUGAACUCAGAAAAAUGGAAUUGGGGUGCCAAGUCAGGUUUUUUCUGGGGAGGAUUCUGUUUGGCUACUUUAGCUUGGGCUGUUGUCGAUCUACCAGAAACUGCUGGUAGAACCUUUAUGGAAAUAAAUGAAUUAUUUAGACUUGGUGUUCCAGCCAGAAAGUUUAAGUCAACUAAAGUAGACCCAUUUGCAGCUGCUAAAGCGGCUGCUGCAGAAAUUACUUUCAAAGAUCCCAAAGAAGAUACGGAAACUUCUAUGGUAGAUGAAGGGCGAAGUACGCCAUCGAUUGUGAAUAAAUGA